UCAACCAAACGUCAAGUUCAUCUGUUUUGUGUUUAUAGGAAAGCUGCUCUAUAUAUUAUUCCUAUAAUUUCUAAUUAAUUUCGGCAAUAUAGCGCUGAAAAAUCUCAACUAAGACAAACCAGCAAUGGCGGAAUCACUGGAAAAUAGCGCAUCUGUUGCUUCAACUUCCGUAGCUACGACUUCAGCCUCUGGGACAUUGUCAUCAGAAGCUACGAGCAAUGGCGGUGAAAACAAACAGGAGAAAUCUGAUUCAGAGAUUGUUAAACUCGAAUGCCCUGUUUGCCUACAAACAUGUAUCCAUCCUGCAAGACUUCCUUGUGGCCAUGUUUUUUGUUUUCUUUGCGUCAAGGGAGUUGCCUUCAAAAAUCGUCGUUGCGCAAUGUGUCGUCGGGACAUUCCCCCGAGCUAUCUAGAGCAUCCUCAAUUAGUAAACGGUUUGAAGGAAGUGGAAAAGGCAGCAAAGGCGAAUGAUGGUGCAGAAUAUCAGUGGUACUACGAAGGUCGGAACGGUUGGUGGCAGUAUGAUGAACGCACCAGUCAGGAGCUUGAAGAAUUCUUCCAGAAAAAGGAACGUUUUUGCAAAAUCUUGGUAGCUGGGUUCCUAUAUAUUGUAGAUUUUGAGCACAAAUGUCAAAUUCGACAAAAUGAUCCAUCAAGAAUACGUCGUGUCAAAAGAGAUUUAACGACAAUUCCAAAAAAGGGAGUGGCAGGAUUACGAUUGGAGACGAACGAUCUAACUUCAGGAGCUGCACCCAGCUCUAACCUAGAUGGGGCGUUAAGUUCGGCCGAUUUGCAAGCUGAAACUAAUCUAUUGCAAAUGCAUAGAAAUAUUGUCGUAGAAGAAGCGGAGGAAGAAGAGACAGAGGAGGAAAUUCGUCGGGUUAAUUUGGACGGUAGCUUCAACAGUGAUACGAAUAACAGCUCCAGUGGUUCCAUUGUUAGUGGCAUUGAGCGGAACGUUGGCGGAGAUGUAGAGUUGGCCGACGCGAUUAAUCAGCUAAGUUCAUUGGCGUUGGACGAGCACCGGUUGAAUGAGCAAACAGCAGAGCCAGUUGCUGUAAGAAGACGCAUUAGUGAUCUAUUUCCACUAAGUGAUAGCGAUGACGAUAACGAGGACAACAACCAUGUUAUUCUCUAAACUAUUGGCACUGGUAGCUUGUCUAUGCACAUAAGAUUUAAGUAUAUUGCAUUUUGUACGGAAUCGUUCAAAAGGUUGAACUUUAGCAAUCAAAUUAAAAAGCAUGGUGUCAAGUAUAUGUAAAUUCUUCAUAUUCUUUUGUUCUCCCGUUGCUUAAAUAGAUCAGUGCUCAGUCUCAAUUUUAAGUGUAAAAAUCCUUCAGAGAGACAGGAUGCCUCUUGUUACUCCAUUCAAUUGCGUAUUAGUAUCUCAUACAUAGUGUUUACCCGGAAACAUCUAGUAUGUCCGUUGAGUACAUUCAUAUAAAAAUAUUUCUUCAUAAUGUGAGCAAUAAAAGUGUAGUAAUCCAAUAAUAGUGUGAAUUUAAAUGUUGAUAGUAUUGAUUAGCAGUAGACGCAGAUAGCCUAGUCUUCUGGACGAUUCCGUAAAAACAGGGCGCGUUACGAACAUUACAUAUUUAUAUUUAAGCUGAAAUAAGAAUUUAUUUUUUUUAGUUUACAUAAUUGUAACAUGACAAACAAUUAUUUCCUUCUUUAGUCGUUAAGAACAAAUGAAAUCAGAAAUCAAUAUUUUUGAGGUACUAGUCUAAGAUACUUAUACCGAAAUGAAUAGAAUCAUCAACUAUUUUUGUUACUGCAGCUUUUCAACUGGUUAAUAAAGCCUACAUUUGGCUGCA